CCAAAGUAGCAGAUCUCUUUCGCUGACCUUCUUUUACCCAACUGUGACAAGGUGCGCGUCGUGGGGAAAAAAACGAGAGAGAGAGAGAGAGAGAGAGAGAGAGAGAGGGAUGGGGCACCGCGCCGCAGUGAUCUGGCUGUGCGCGGCGAUGGUGCUGCUCAUGCGGGGAGCUGAGGCGUUGUGGCUCCAGCUGCCGCCGUCCGGUACCAAGUGCGUCUCCGAAGAGAUCCAACCCAACGUCGUCGUCCUCGCCUACUAUGGCGUCAUCUUCGAGGAUCGCGCUCACGCUACCCCCACCAUCUCCGUCAAGGUGACAUCACCAUAUGGAAACACUCUGCAUCACCAAGAAAAUGUUACAUCUGGCCAAUUUGCAUUUACAACUUCAGAAGCAGGCAACUACCUGGCAUGUUUCUGGUUUGGUGGCAGUGACACAAAUGUAGAAGCUAGUGUUAAUCUUGAUUGGAGAAUCGGAAUUGCAGCACGAGACUGGGAUUCUGUCGCUAAAAGAGAAAAAAUUGAGGGUGUCGAGCUUGAGCUGAAGAAACUAGAAGCUGCUGUGGAGGCAAUCCAUGAGAAUUUGUUAUAUCUGAAGACAAGGGAAGCUGAUAUGAGGGAAGUCAGCGAGAGGACAAAUGCAAGAGUUGCAUGGUUCAGUAUUAUGUCUCUAGGUGUUUGCAUAGCAGUUUCUAUCUUGCAAUUGUGGCAUCUCAAGGGCUUUUUCCAAAAGAAGAAGCUCAUUUAGGAUAUUCGCUGAGGUUUUACAAUUUUUGUUACGUCUAUAAGAAGUUAAUAGAAUUCCUGUGACAUAUCAGCACCUUCCUUUUUUCCCCGUUUAUUUGGGUAAGUUGUUUCCUGAGUUCUGUAUGUCAGGUUAUUACCCAUGCUUUAGCAUGUCAGAACUACAAAAUGUCUGUGGAAGAGAAAAAACAUUGGAAUAUUGUGGACUGGGGUUAAUUGUUCA